AUGGCCGACAAAUUGGACAUGUCUCUGGACGACAUCAUUCAGCUGAACCGCAGUCAGCGGGGCGGCCGCGGUCGUGGCCGAGGUGGGGGCUGGGGCCCAGGCCGGGCCAGCUCCCAGGGAGGCCGCGGUGGCGGAGCGCAGGCCCCCGCACCAGUGAACCCAGUGAGCCGAGGCGGCGGGCCCAUCCGGAACCGGAACCGGGCGGCCCUCGGCCGAGGCUGCGCGGCGGGUGGCCGAGGCAGGAACCGGCCGGCGCCCUACAGCCGGCCCACACAGCUUCCCGACAGGUGGCAACACGACCUUUUCGACAGCGGCUUCGGCGGGGGCGCCGGCGUGGAGACGGGAGGCAAACUGCUGGUGUCCAACCUGGACUUGGGAGUGUCGGACGCGGACAUCCAGGAGCUGUUUGCGGACUGCGGGACUCUGAAGAAGGCCGCCCUGCACUACGACCGCUCUGGCCGCAGCCUGGGAACGGCCCACGUGCACUUUGAGCGGAAGGCAGACGCCCUGGCAGCCAUGCAGCGGUACCACGGCGUCCCCUUGGACGGCCGCCCCAUGAGCAUCCAGCUCCUCACCUCACAGGCAGACACGCGGCGCAGGCCGGGACCCAGUGGCAACAGAGGCGGGAGGACCUGGAACCGAGGAUCUGGAGGCUCCGGUGGCGGCACCCGCAGAGGCGCCCGCGGAGGCAGCCGGGGCAGAGGCAGGGGCACCGGCCGGAGUUCCAGGCAGCAGAUGUCGGCGGAGGAGCUGGAUGCCCAGCUGGACGCUUACAAUGAGAGGAUGGACACCAGCUAA